AUGUUCUUCUGCCCCCGCUGCCUGCUCAACCGCUAUGGCGAGGAAGUGGAAAAGGUGAACCAGCUGGCGCAGUGGAAGUGCCCCAAGUGCAGGGACAUCUGCAACUGCAGCAACUGCCGCAAGAAGCGGGGACUGGAGGCCACUGGGAUUCUGGCCAACAUGUCCAAGGCUGCUGGCUUUACAUCCGUCUCUGACCUCCUCCAGAAGAACCCCAACGCCAAGCGGCCUCCCUCUGCAUCCCUGCAGGCCCCAGGAGCCAAGGCGCCAAAACAGGCCGCAGGAGAGGCGAAGCCCAAGGCCCAGAAGAAGAAAGAGCCAAAGCCCGAGGCUGCCCCGGACCUGAUCGAUGACGAGCUGCUGGGCGCUCGGCCGCAUUCCAUGCCUGAGAGGGAGGCGGUGCGCAUGCACAGGGUGAGCGAUGAGGUGUCGGAUAUGAGGUGGCCGCCUGAUCUGGCGCACACAGUCGACCUGCCCCCCGACUGCAGCGCUGGCGACCUGGCAGAAGUCCUGGAGUUCCUCAAGGUGUUUGGGGAGCAGACGGGCACAGCCGGCAUCUCGCUGUCAUUCGCCGCGGUGGAGCUGCUGCAGCCGGCGACAGAAGCCGGCCACAGCGCCUACACGCGCGAGGAGCGCUCGGUGGCAGGCCACGUUCACAUGCGCCUGUUGGACCUGGUGCGGUCGGACUGGGGCAUUCGCGACUCGGUGGGCAUCCACGGCUGGCAGCCGGUCAUGGCUCAGUACCUGAGGCAGGAUCGCCUCCACGGCCUGGCCGCCCUCGACCGCCUCUCCGGCGCCUCAUCCGCCGGCUGCGCUGCGGCAGCCGCCGCGCAGCUGCCCAAUGAUCACGAAGUGGAUGCAGCGGUGGCAUCGCCGGGGGCGGUGGCAGCUGCGGUGGGGGGCGACCAAGAGUCAGAGGGGGAGGACUCGCUGUUAAUGUUUCCUGCCGGCGGCUACUGGGCGCUGCAGCCGGGCACACGGCUGCGCAUGCUGCGCUCACUCUGCUUCGACGCCCUCGAAACGCGCGCCAUCAGGCAGUGCAUGGAGGAUGCGAUGGGCGCUGCGGCUGAGGAAGACAAGGGACGCAGAGAAGAGCUGGCUGCCGCCAAGAGGGAGGCAAGAGAGGCCUGGCAAAAGCAGCGUGACAAACAGAUUGCUCUCCUGCUGGCCAGCGGCAGCGGCUCUGGGCUGACGAUAGAGGAGCAGCGCUCGCUGAUGGACAGAAGCUGGGCGAAGGUGGACGCCGAAGCGGCUGCGACGGCUGCCCCGCAGCUGCCUGGCUCCGGGGCUGCGAUGGCGUUCCCGGCAGCUGUGCGCAUCUUGCCGCUCGGCAGGGACCGCUCCGGCGCGCUGUUCUGGAAACUCGCCUGCUGCCCCGUCCUUGCCGGAAGCGCUGAUGCUGCGGUGCUGAUGGCGAGCGAGUUCCGCGCCGCGGACAGUGACGAGUGGUCGGUGAUUUCCGACGCGGCAACCCUCGCCAAAUCCCUCGACGGCCGCGGCCGCCGCGAAGCCGGCCUGCUGCGCGCGCUGGAGGCAGGCUACGAUCUCGGUGCCACCAAAUCUGGCCCCGCCGCCGGCGGUGUCAAAUCUGGCGCGCCUCCGGCCGCCGCCGCCAAAAUAGGCAACGGCAAAAACGUUGCCGCUGCCACAACUGGCACCGUUGACACAGCAGGCACCGGCAAAGCAGCCGCCGGCAAAGCCGGCGCAGGCAAGAAGGCUGCGGCAAAGGCAGGGGCAGCCGAAUCACUCGCAGCAACCAAGCCUGCGGCAAUGGCGACCAAGGAAGCUGCAUCGGUCAGCGCAGGGCAGAUUGGUGCGGCGGAUGUAGCCCCGGCAAAGGCAGGAGCGCAGAAGGCAAAGGUGACACCUGCUGAAAAAGCCUCUCAGGAUGCAGCGGCAGCAAAGGCCAAGCCGGGCAGGAAGAGGGCUGCUGCUGUGCUGACUGCCAAGCCGGAGAACGGCGCCGCAGGGGCAGCGCAGACGGCUGCAGCCGAGCCGGCAGAGGAUGCAGGCAACUGUGACAAUGCUGCGGCGAAGGCAAAGCCCAUGAAGCGGCAGAGGAAGGGUGCAGCAGAGAACGCGGCCGGCCCUGGGAAGCGCCUCACCAGAAGCCAGGCAGCAGCGUGA